GACAUAGUGCAAGGCCGUGGUAUAGCAGCCGGGGGUAGCGGUCAAAAGUGCACUGGUGUGACUCACCCUCCACAUCCAACUCUACUAUUUCAAAGGUGUCACACAACUGACAAACAGAAAAUGAGACAAACAAACCAAAAGUGUUCAAGAGAACAUGACACACUGAAAAAGAAAUGAAAAGUGAGAAAAGGAAGUGCCAGCUUAGGAACGAUAACUAUAUUGGUGGGGAGUGUCCCGCGCAUGCACACUCACUCACACACUCUCUGACUCUCGAUCUCUCUUUCUCUCGCUCUCUCUCUAUGUCAUCUUCAUUUCCUCCUUACAUUAGAUUGCUUGAAAAGCAUUAUUAGUGAUACUUCACAACAGGCGAGCCAACACAAGAGGUGGGGGAGAUCAGUACUGGCACUGCAGACAGAGGAUUUUCUUCUUCUCAGAAGGUGAGACAUCUAAAGGCCGUUUGACCUUAAUCCCUAACAUCCCAUCUGGAGUGUAAUCUGGUUGGAUGGCAGAGGGCGGUGUAGGUGCAUGCCCCCAGGUGUUUGUGGUGGACACACAGGCAAGCUACAUCUCCGUACCCAGUGGGAAGGGAUCGAGAUGGGCGAGAGUUGGCCAAAAGUUGCUUCUGCUGCUGGUGGGACUGACCCUGUUGGGACUUCUUGUCGAGGGAUUUUUCCUCUACAGACUAUAUAAAAAAACGGAGGAAUUGUCCCUCUGUAAAAAUCAUCCUCUCUGCCAGAACCUGUCCCAUCCCCAAACAUCUAGACAGCAGGGUGGCACCAUAUUGAGUCAAGUGGGACAUAAAGAAUCAAAUGAUAUUCCCACAGUGCCGCCACGUCUGGAUGAGGACCAACAGAAGCCGUUUGCUCAACUGAUAGGCUCCAACACUCCUAUGGGGGAGAACAACUUGGUGCUGUGGGAAAAUAUAGAUGGCGAAACCGUCACCCACCACAUGGGCUACGACAAGGGCCAGUUGUUGGUGGAGAAGGAAGGUUACUACUACCUCUACUCCAAAGUGACAUUAAAUGCUGAAAAGCCGUGUUUGCUUAUCCAGCACAAGGUCAUGAAAAACACCAGUGCCUACGACAGUUCUAUAGAACUUAUGAGAUCAAAAAGUUCCCGCUGCCAGACCAGUGCAAAGGCUUCAGGCAAUGGGGACCUGUGGAGCAGUUUUCUGGCUGGGAUCUUCCACCUGCAGAGUGGAGAUAAAAUCUUUGUCACGUUGGAGAAUAUAGACAACAUACGUCCAGGACCUACUGACAAUCUCAUGGGGGCCUUUAUGAUAUUUCAAGGUGAAAUUCUGCAACGUCACCGCUCUCCCACAUUGUGAUCAGAUUGUAUACUUCACUGUGUUAUGUAAAUUACACCAUUUGUUCUGGUGAAUUUUGUAUAUCUAAUAUAUACACAAUAUAUAUAUAUAUAUAUAUAUAAUCUAAAUUAUACUGUCCCCAAUUAAUGUAUUUGAAUCCCUUAAGAAAAAGCAUAUUACAAAAAAGUA